AUGACGACCACCUCCGAAGACUCCAUCCUAGCCCUCUCCUCUCUAUCCUCCGCACCAGCACUCGAAUCACUCCUCGUACUCCUCUUCGAGCCUUCCACAGCGCUACGUAAUCUCCUAGUACCCUCUGUCCUCCUUCGACUCACCGCUCGAUCAGAACCUCCUGCAAGCUACAAUGAACUGAUAGAUAUCUGUCAGGAAGUAUCAAAUGAUUGGACAUGGGAUGAGAAAGCUGAAUUUAUAAGUGGACAUCCGAUGAUUGGGGAGGUUAAAGGGUUGAGUAAGUUGAGUGGGAAAGAACAGGGCAAUUCGACUGUCACGCCGAAAGUAGUCUUAGAUAGACUUGCCCAUCUGAAUGAGCUUUAUUGUACCAUCUUCCCUGGCCUGAGGUAUAUAACUUUCGUAAAUGGACGAUCAAGGGCAGAGAUCAUACCUGAAUUCGAGUCGAUUUUAAAUCUCCCCCUCUCACCCCAACCUCUAACUAAUGACUUCCCUACGGCUCAGCCAUCGUUAGACUCGGAGGAGGUGAAAAGCAGGAUCAAACUGUCUGAAAGCGAAGAAUGGAAGAAAGAGUGUGAGAGGGGUUUAGGCGAUGUGUGGUUGAUCGGCAGAGCAAGACUCAAGGGAUUAGGAUUAGAAUAA